AUGUGGACAGCACAAAAUCGAGAGAGUCUGGGGCUUCUCUCUUUCCCUGUGAUGAUUGCCAUGGUGUGUUGUGCACACAGCGCCAAUGAACCCAGCAACAUGUCAUACGUGAAAGAGACAGUGGACAGAUUGCUCAAAGGAUAUGACAUCCGCUUGCGGCCGGACUUUGGAGGGCCCCCCGUGGACGUCGGGAUGCGGAUCGAUGUCGCCAGCAUAGAUAUGGUCUCCGAAGUGAACAUGGAUUACACACUUACAAUGUAUUUCCAGCAGUCUUGGAAAGACAAAAGGCUUUCUUAUUCUGGAAUCCCAUUAAACCUCACCCUAGACAACAGAGUAGCUGACCAACUCUGGGUACCAGAUACCUACUUCCUGAAUGACAAGAAAUCAUUUGUGCAUGGGGUCACAGUGAAAAAUCGAAUGAUUCGGCUACAUCCUGAUGGAACAGUUCUCUAUGGACUCCGGAUCACAACCACAGCUGCAUGUAUGAUGGAUCUCCGAAGAUACCCUCUGGAUGAACAAAACUGCACCCUGGAGAUUGAAAGUUAUGGUUAUACCACUGAUGACAUUGAGUUUUACUGGAAUGGAGGAGAGGGAGCAGUAACUGGAGUUAAUAAAAUUGAGCUUCCUCAGUUUUCAAUUGUUGAUUACAAGAUGGUGUCCAAGAAAGUGGAAUUCACAACAGGGGCCUACCCACGACUCUCUCUAAGUUUUCGACUAAAGAGAAACAUUGGUUACUUCAUUUUGCAAACCUACAUGCCUUCUACACUCAUUACAAUUCUGUCCUGGGUGUCUUUUUGGAUCAAUUAUGAUGCAUCAGCAGCCAGAGUCGCACUAGGAAUCACCACAGUGCUGACAAUGACAACCAUCAGCACGCACCUCAGGGAGACCUUGCCAAAGAUCCCUUACGUCAAAGCGAUCGACAUCUACCUGAUGGGCUGCUUUGUGUUCGUGUUCCUGGCUCUGCUGGAAUACGCCUUUGUAAACUACAUCUUCUUUGGGAAAGGCCCUCAGAAAAAGGGGGCUGGCAAACAAGAUCAGAGUGCCAAUGAGAAGAACAAACUGGAGAUGAAUAAAGUCCAGGUCGACGCCCACGGCAACAUUCUCCUCAGCACCCUGGAAAUCAGGAACGAGACAAGCGGCUCAGAAGUGCUCACCAGCGUGAGUGACCCCAAGGCUACCAUGUACUCCUACGACAGCGCCAGCAUCCAGUACCGCAAGCCCCUGAGCAGCCGUGAGGGGUAUGGGCGCGCCCUGGACCGGCACGGGGUGCCCAGCAAGGGGCGCAUCCGCAGGCGCGCCUCCCAGCUCAAAGUCAAAAUCCCCGACUUGACUGAUGUGAAUUCCAUAGACAAGUGGUCCCGAAUGUUUUUCCCCAUCACCUUUUCUCUUUUUAAUGUCGUUUAUUGGCUUUACUAUGUACACUAA